GUAAUUGUCUUGCCGCUUCUCCUCCGCAAGCGAUCAGCGAUCAUUUUACUAUUGAACAUCAACCAUCUGAUAUUAAAUUAAUGAGACAUUUUGAUAUAGAUACCCUUUUGAAUAAAUUCAGAAGUGACGCCUCUUUGCUAACAUAGACGAUCGCUUGAAGAUGGCGACUACAACUCCCAGAGUUCCCAUCCGACGGCGAGCCAGAGGUUCAAACACGCAUGCGGCGCACUCUGUGCACGUUGGUACCUCCCUGAGCGUACGCGGCUCACUGUUGUGCAGGUGCUUUGCAUAAGGGAGCCCUUCGCUUUCGCCUUAAUAGAGUGCAAGACGCUACCUGAAGUCAUGGCUGACCAGGGGGCCGCCAUGUGUGAGCAGCUUAUCAAAGCUGUGAAUGUGAUGAUGGAUGCAGAAACAAGCCAAAUUUACCGACUGGAGGCCCUAAAGUUUUGCGAGGAAUUUAAAGAGACCAGCGCCUUCUGUGUCCCAUGUGGCUUACAAUUAGCCGACAAAGCCCAGCCAGCUGUAGUGAGACACUUCGGUUUGCAAAUCCUGGAGCACGUCAUCAAGUUCAGAUGGAACAACAUGCAACAGCAAGAGAAAGUACAGCUGAAGGAGUGUGCCAUGCAGCUGUUAUCAAAAGGCACUCAUUCUAUCCUGGAGGAGGAGAGUCACAUCAAAGAUGUCCUGUCACGAAUUACAGUGGAAAUGAUAAAGAGGGAAUGGCCUCAGCAUUGGCCCGACAUGCUGAAAGAGAUGGAAGCUCUCACUAGCCAAGGGGAGGCACAGACGGAGCUGGUGAUGUUGAUCCUGUUGAGGCUGGCCGAGGACGUCAUCACCUUCCAGACGCUGCCCACCCAGCGGCGUAGAGACAUUCAGCACACGCUCACCCAGAACAUGGAGAGCAUCUUCAGUUUCAUGAUGGCCAUCCUGCAUGUUAAUGUGGAGGACUACCGUAAACUGAAAAGUUCACCCGGACAUGAACUGAAGGCCAGAGCUCACUGUCGAGUCGCCGUGGCCACGCUGAAUACACUCGCGGGCUACAUAGACUGGGUGUCUCUGGUGUACAUCACCUCUGGAAACUGUCACCUGCUGGAGAUGUUGUGUUUGCUGCUGAGCGAACCGGACCUGCAGCUGGAGGCGGCCGAGUGUCUGCUCAUCGCCAUCAGCCGAAAGGGCAAGCUUGAGGACAGGAAGCCGUUCAUGUUGCUGUUUGAUGACGUGGCCAUCCACUACAUCCUUUCUGGAGCCCAGUCAGCAGAUGGACUGGCAAUAUGUAAAAAGUCCCCCGAAUCACAAGCAGUGCAGGUGGUGGAGCGGCGUUAUAUCUUCCUGAAGAGGCUCUGCCAGGUCCUGUGUGCUCUGGGAGGCCAGCUCUGCUCGUUGGUGGGUUCCGAUGUAGAAGUCGAGGUACCUGCAAAUCUUAGCAAAUACAUGGAGGCCAUUUUAGCCUUCACUACACAUUCCAGCCAGUUCUUGAAGUCGUCCACUCUGGCUACGUGGGGAUCUUUGUUCAGACAUGAGACUCUGUCGAAGGAAGCCGUUGUCGUGGAGAUGGCCAUCAAAUACCUAAGAGCAUCGAUGACCAAUCUAAUCAAGACCGGAUUCCCAUCCAGAGAUGACAGCCCCAGCUGCGGGUACUCCCGUGUGGACUUUGACAGUGACGAGGACUUCAAUUUGUUCUUUAACUCUUUUCGAGCGCAGCAGGGAGAGGUGGUGAGGAUCGCCUGUCGCAUUGUUCCUCUGGAGGCUUUCCAGAUAGCAGCAGAGUGGUUACAGUAUCAAAUCGCCAGCCCUAUUGAUACCGGGGAUACCACAUCCAAGAGUGCUGAGGGCCUGUGCUCCCUCCUGUCUCCAUCAGUGGUCCAGUGGGACGCAAUGACGGUCUUCAUGGAGUGCAUGGUCGCACAGAUCUUCAAAAAUCUGGAGGAGGAGAAGUUGCCCAUCGAUCAGAGCAUGGAGCUGCUGCAGGCCGUGCUGAACUACGAGACCAAAGACCCGCUCAUCCUUUCCUGCGUGCUCACCAACGUCUCUGCCCUCUUCCCGUUUGUCACACGAAGACAGCACUUCCUGCCACAGGUCCUCUACAAGCUAUUUAAAGCCGUCACGUUUGAGGUCGGUCAGGACAACAAGGCACCUCGGACCCGGGCUGUAAAGAACGUGAGGAGGCACGCCUGUUCAUCCAUCAUCAAAAUGUGCCGUGAUUACCCACAGUUCAUCUUGCCAUGUUUUGACAUGUUUUAUAAUCACGUGAAGAAGCUGUUCUCAAGUGACGCAUCCCUGACUCACAUGGAGAAAUGUUCACUGAUGGAAGCUCUGGUGCUCAUCAGUAACCAGUUCAAAGACUUUGCGAAGCAGAAGGCUUUUCUAGAUGAGCUGAUGGCCUCGGUGGUCGCAGAAUGGACCUCGGAGGAAAUCAGGCAUGUGCUGUCAGAUCCCGCUGUGUUUCUGUCCUUUGUUGGAGCCGAUCAGGUGGUCACCGAGCAAAGUAAAGAUACAGACACAACGGGCCUUAACAGAGGGCGGUUGAGUUUCUGUUUGUACGCCAUGCUGGGGGUGGUGAAGCGUGCGCGCUGGCCUGCAGACCUGGAGGAAGCUAAGGCUGGUGGCUUUGUGGCAGGCUACACCCCGGCUGGAGCUCCCAUCUACAGAAACCCCUGCACCGCCCACUUCCUGGUCUUGCUGCCAAACCUGCUGCUACUAAUCAGGACCCACAACAGUCUGUACAUGCCAGGGAACAUGGCUCGUCUUAGUGAGACCUUCACCAAGGCACAUGAGGUGAUGGAUGCAGAGAAGAAUGUGGUUCUUGGUCUCUCUCAGCAUCUUCUGGAUAUUUAUGACUCUCCCGUGUAUAGAACCAACCUGGAGCGCAUGCAGGGCUUUUUCACCACAUUGUAUGACAACUGCUUCCACGUUCUGGGAAGUGCGGGUCAGUCCCUGCAGCAGGAAUUCUAUACCAUCAGCGGGCUAGCUGAAGAAAUCAAUCGUUCUGCUUUUUUCUCCCUCGACCAUGUGCCUGACCACAGACUUCGUCCUAUGAUUCGGGUUUUUCUGAGGCAGCUGGUGCUAUCAUGUCCUCAGGAGUACUACGAUAGUCUGCUCUGCCCCCUGCUGGGCCCUCUGUUCGCCUACAUGCAGCAGAGACUCAACGUUAAGUGGCAGGUCAUCAACCAGAGGACCUCUGUCAAUGGCGAGGACGAGGAGGAGGAGGAGGUGUGUCAGGACAGCCAGGUGACGCAGGAGAUGCUGGAGGAGCAGCUGGUGCGCCUGCUCACCAGGGAGGUGCUGGAUCUCCUCUCUGUGAGCUGCAUUUCCAAAAAAGUGCCUGAACCAGCAGCAAAUAAGGAGGAAAUAGAGGAAGACGACAUGAUGAUGGACUCGGUGCAGACUGGGGCCCCGGCGCAGCCCACAGACGAGCUGACUGAGCUUGGGAAAUGCCUGAUGAAACACGAGAACAUCUACAUGACCCUGUUGACCCUCUCCUUCACCUCGCUGUCGUGGAAGGACACCACCAACUGUCACCGCACUGCCUCGAUGGUCUGCUGGACUCUUCUGCGGCAGGUAGCGCAAUCAAUGGUCGUAGGGGGUAAUCUUCUUCCCGAGGCGGUCACGUGGUUCUACACCAGUGUUCUCAGGGCGCUGCAGGUUCAUGGGCAGCAUGAGGUCUGCAACUCCACCCUCUCUCAGCUGGCCAUGCUCAUCUAUGAAAACCUGCGGCCUCGCUACAUGGAGCUGAGGGCGGUGAUGACCCAGAUCCCAAACAUCAGUGUGGAGGCUCUGGACCAGUAUGAUCACAGGCUCAUGGACCCCAAUGCGCAGAAGGUUGGAGACAAGAAGAGGAAAGACCAGUUUAAGAAGCUCAUCGCAGGAACUGUCGGGAAAGCUCUGUGCCAGCAGUUCAGGAAGGAGGUUCAUAUCCGGAAUCUUCCAUCGCUCUUUAAAAAGCCGAAGCCAGACAAAGAUGUACUGAACACUGAAACAUUGGGCCUGGCAGCUCUCUUCUCUCCGGAAAAUAACACCCUGUAGGAACGCAGAGCGGUUCUAAUGGACUUCAUGAUGACCGAAGACAGGAGUUAUGUGCACAAACCAGGGUUUCCCUAGCCAUCCUCUAGCUGGGGCAGUAUGGCGCUACCUAACAUAACUGUCAACACUCUUUUAUUUUAACGCUUACAGCACCAGUCACACUCAUGAUUAAAAUAUCUUUCCAGUCAUGUGCUAGCGAGUAUUACACAGAAAACCCCCUUAUGAAUGCACACUUCUUCUUUAUUCCCUGGUACCAAUAAAGGAGGCAUAUGAGGGAAAUUAAAAAAACAAAACAAAAAAAAAAACAUUUCACAUUUCAGAUGAAUGAAUGGUCCUUGUAAGAGAUCUUUAAACAGCAGACUAAUCCAUAAUGUUUGCUCUGCAGCAGAAACUUUAUCAAGCCACAGAAAUACCUACAAAAAGAAUUUUUUUUUUUUUUCAGUAUUUUACUUUCUAAUUUUAAAGGGCAAUAUUUGCCCAUUGCCAAGUAUCGUGGCACUAAGCAUGUCGUAGCUCGGAGCUCAGCAGAGAAACUGGCCUCUAAUGAUAUCCAAACAAGCAAAGCUGGUAUAGCUGCAGGAGAAGCUUGUUACGAAGAAGUGUGUGUGUGUGUGUAUGUGUGCGCGUGGCUCGUAGAGAGGUGGAGACCUUUUGUACUUAAAAAAAAAAAAAAAUGUUUUGCUUAAUUUCAGAGGUUAGUAGGUUGUUAGAUAUGUUGUAUGAACACGCUGCUGUUAAUAACCUGUUUCAAAAAGAAAGGAGAGGAGAAAAAAUUUAGGACAAAUUACCGUGGCUUUCUUUUCACUGGAGAAGCUUGAAUGCGGUUUCUGAGUGUAAAGGAUGUGCUCGUGUCAGCUCAGGUGCGAUGUUCCCGACGAUGGGAUGAAGAUAAUUUGUGGAAUCAUGCCCUAAAGAAAAGGAGAAAAAAAAAAAAACUGCUGGAUUGUGUUAUCAUGGAUGGCUAUUGUAGCUUUAGUUAUUAACAGUUUUUUUUAUUAUGCAGAUAUUGAUUGAACAUUAGCUGGUUGAGGUGGUGAUGGUCUGCAUUUUCUUCAUAUCCUACGACUUACUCGGCCCACGCACUGAAAUGAUUUUUUAUUUAAUGCAGAGCACAUCUCAUACUACAGAUACUGCAGCCACUGCAGCCACAUUUGGUGCCAAAAACACUCACUGUACUUUGUUCGACAAACUUGACCGGUUAAUUGUCAGAGAAGCAAAACCUAAUAAUAUAUAACUUUCAUAAAGAUUAUUUAAGGGUGGUCACAACAACUAAUGUGUAGCUCAAUCCAAGUCUUUCUGUUUUCUAGCUGUUCAGCUGGUGAUGCUAUUCUGUUUUUCAUGUGUUCUUUUUUGUGUGUUUGUACUGAUAUUUACAACCAUGAGGAAAAGAUGAACCAGCACUACAUUCCUUCAUUGUCAAAGGGAUUGUUUUUACACAGAAUUUGUUGGAUGUAUUUUGCUCUUAUGGAGCUGUCAUAGUAGAAAGUGAUUUUUUUUUUUUUUUAAAUAUAUGUUGUGUAGUCACAGGAAAAAAAAUAAAUGGUUCAAGACUGGAGUGAGUUCCCAUUUAAACGGAAUGAGACGGGUCCGCAUAUUAUGUUUAACUGGAGCAGACUGACAACAUGCAUCACUGAGGAAACUUGACUUUUCGAACAAAUUUAUUUCCCUGUCUUUGUGAUUGUUUGCUCACAUGUGGCCAUUU